UUAGGUUGCUUGGAGGCUCUGUCGUGCCGAUUUUCGUGUCUUCUCAGCUUGUCUCUCUUUCUCUGUAUAUUUGCUUAUGGCGGACGAGGAACCUGUUGAUCAAAAAAAGUACCUUGAAGACUCCUGCAAGCCGAAAUGUGUGAAACAAUGGCUCUCCCUUCAGGAUUGCGGUAAGAGGAUCCAAGGUGAUGAAACCGGCCACAAGCAUUGUACUGGACAAUAUUUUGAUUUCUGGUCUUGUGUCGACAAAUGUGUUGCACCAAAGCUCUUUACGAAGCUGAAAUGAUGCGGCAUAUUCUGUUAUACAGCGAGAGCAAUUUUCUUUGAUGAUUUUGGAAACGUUUAAACGCUUCAGAACACUGAAUGUUAAUUAAUGGAAGCAGCCUGUGAUGUUUGGCGAAUUUUUUCAGAACAUAGGCACUUGUUUUUUAAUAAAUAAAAUUCCUUUUUAGAGUCAUUGAUACAAA